AAAAAAUGGUCGAGAAAUUUCAUUUGGGUGGAGAAAUUGUAGUACUCCACUAGAAAGGCCGAGGGAGUAUAUUAUUUUAAACAAAAAACCUUAUAAAAUUCUCUCUCACCGCGUUUCUCUCUCUAGGGUUAGGGUUUUCGAUUCCCCUUAAGCGCUUCGUCUUUGACAAAAAUACGGCCCUGAAGAAAUCUCUCUCUCAGUUUUAAAAUUUGACGAUGAUGUCGACCUCUUCGCGAAUUUGAAAUUCUCUCUCUUUACUGUGUUCUGUUUUGCUACUCACAGAUUUUGAAGUUCUAAGAUAAACUUCCAGUUGAGCAGUCUGAUUCUUGGAAGCUUUGGAGCUAUGUAUAGUGAAGGUGUUCCUGAGUUUGUUAUUGAUCAGAGCUUGUAUUAUCCCUCUGGGACCAAUUAUGGGUAUUUUUGUACAGGAUUUGAUUCGGCCGGCAAUUGGGAUGACCACCAAAGAGUUUUUGGUCUGGAUGGUCAAGAUAUGUAUGCGGGUUCACAGAGUGAAGGCUUUCCAUAUGUAUAUUAUACACCUAGCUACGGGUAUGCACAAUCUGCAUAUAGCCCUUAUACUCCUGGUGCUGUGGUAGGAGUUGACCCUUCAUAUAUGGGAACACAGCAGUACUACACCAUUCCUUCUUAUGAAAACCCGGAGUUUGCCCAAUCAUAUUUCCCAAUGGUAAUGCAAAAUGAAUCUGAUAUUGUGGCAAACAGUAAAACCCCAUUCCUUGAUAGUUCCUUUUCUUCUGCUAAUAUAGCUCAAAGCCAGGGUCCCGGUCAUAAAUUUUCUUCGGCGUCUCCAAUCUUCAUCCCAGCUUCAUUAGGUCCUUCUUCUAGUCAAACUAAUUCUUUUGUGAGGGGUUCAGAUAGUACUAAAUCUCUUCCUGGAUCCAGCAAGCAGCCAGUUGCCCAUGGAAGCGCCCCUUCUGAUUCUUCAAAGGGUAAAGUUGCUCAAGCACCAGGAAGUGUUUCACAUGGGAAAUCUAGUCAUUCUCAGGUAAGGAUUUCCCUUCCGCCUGGGAAUGGACUGUCAAAUUUCCGACCAGCAUCUCAUGAUGUGGCUAGUGUAGACAAGCUUCAGCCCAAGUUUUUGCAUGGAAGAGUCCACACAGAUGUUAAAGUAAGCCCAGCUGUAUCUUCUGGGCAGAAUUUAGUGCCUCGAAUCAGCAGGUUGAAUAGUCCAUUGGUUGUUAAGGCCUACACUACAAGAGCCGGAGACAUUGAUGCUCAUGGAAACAUCACUAUAUCCAGAGAUCAGUAUAAUCAUGAUGGUUUUCAAAUGGAUUUUGUGACUGCAAAGUUUUUUGUUAUUAAAUCCUACAGUGAAGAUGACGUGCACAAGAGCAUUAAGUACGGUGUUUGGUCAUCUACUCCUAAUGGGAACAGGAAGCUAAGUAAUGCUUAUGACGACGCUCAGAGGAUUGCUGCUGGGAAUUCAAUAGGCUGUCCAGUAUUCUUGUUUUUUUCAGUAAAUGCAAGUGGACAGUUCUGUGGUGUUGCGGAGAUGACUGGCCAUGUAGAUUUCCAUAGAGACAUGGAUUUCUGGCAGCAAGAUAAAUGGAGCGGCAGUUUCCCAGUGAAGUGGCAUUUUGUUAAAGACGUUUCAAAUUCUAACUUUAGGCACAUCACAUUGGAAAACAAUGAGCAUAAGCCAGUGACUAAUAGCAGAGACACCCAAGAGAUAUAUUACAAGAAAGGGAUGGAGAUGCUUAAACUUUUCAAAAACUUCACAUCUAGAACCUCCUUAUUUGAUGACUUCUUGUUCUAUGAAAGUAGAGAGAAGAUUAUGCAAGAAGACAGAGCCAAGCUUCUUAUUAGGAGCUAUGAAAGUCCAUAUCUUGUACCCGUACUAGAUCCUCCCCGCAAGUUCAAUUCUAUUUUUGACUCAUCACCCUCCAGUGGCGGUGAGAAAACAUACAAUCAUGUUGAUCUGAAAAAGGCCGGAGAUACUUUAGGAGCUGUUACUGAGGAGCUUCAAGCCAUUCCUAGCAAAUCCCUUGCUAGUGAGAGUGAGAAACCGGUUUCUAGAGUGCAGGAUACUGUAGUUUCCAAAACCAACCUAAGCAGUUCGAGUGAGAAGAACGAGGCCGAUGAAAAUCUAUCAAAGAAUGGCAAUUCCAAGAAGUCUGGGAGUGCUGGGGGAUUGCCUAAAACCAAUAAAUCUGCUCCAAACGAAAAUAAAAAAAGUGCGGUGAGGGACGAACAAGCAUCAAAGCUUUGUGAUCCCAAGAAGUCCGAGGAGGAGAUUCCAGAAGUGCAUGAAAUCAACAAAAAUGGUGCAAACGAAAGUGGGAAAAUUGUGGCAAGUAGCAUUGAUGAUAGUGCUGUGAAGAUUGGUUCUCUCACUAUACAUGCUAAGCAGCCCCCCAAGUCUGAUCCUAGGGACACUGUUUCUACUUCAACUAAUACUGCUACUCCAGUAAGCAACCAAUCAGUUGAUGUGGUCACAGUAGGAUCCGUGCCCGUGAAAGUUAAUGCAUGUGCCGAACCUUCUGGCUUCUUAAGAGUUGGAUCUAUUCAACUCGAUCCCAAAUCCUUUCAGUGUAGUGAGAAUACUGGUUCUGGGAAAAGUGCUAUGCCGAAAGUUUGAUGAAGACAUGGCCAUCAAUGGUCUCUCAAGUGCUUGAUUUUUCACUGUACAUCCAAAUUUACUGUCGAGGUCCCUUGUUGUGGUGGACUGCAAAUCCUCAAAAAAGCAUAUUUUGUUUGGUUUUUUCCCAGGUGAGGGAUGGAUGCACUGAUACUUAGGUUGUGGCUUGUGGGCUUCAUCUAUGGGGGUUGGCUGCCAUUGUUUGCAUGUGUGUUUCUCUCUCUUUUGACUCUCACUCUCCAACUGCUUAUUAAACAUACACCAGAGAACUUGAUAUGAUGUGCUGGGGUUGGGGGUGGAGUUUUUAGACAAGGUUUUGGUUUCCAUAUGGGAUAUUGAUUUUUCUUUUUGUUAGCCUGACAGUGAUUAACAAAAAAAAAGUACACAUUGGUUUUUUUUAAUGGGUCACAUGUGUGACCAUAUUGACUUGUAUGAAGAAUUGGAUUGGCUUUUGUGAUCUGUUUUCAGCCAUCACUUUGGAUUGGCUUUUGUGAUCUGUUUUCAGCUAUCACUUUGUAGGGUGUUUUCAGUGUUUGUUUGGUAGGUAAAAGCUAGGGACUACUAGCUUUGGUA